AUGAAGUUCAUUACCCUCUUCGCAACUCUCCUCACGUCUUCCGCACUCGCAGUGCCUACCCCUGAUGUUGACGCUACUGACUGCAACGUCCAUGGCGGCUGCUACAAGCGGGACGUAGAUGCCACCGACUGCAACGUUCCCGGUGGCUGCUACAAGAAGAGGGAGCCCGAGGUAGCCAGCGUCGACGCAACCGAUUGCAAUGUUCCCGGAGGUUGCUACAAGCGGGAUGUAGAUGCUACUGACUGCAAUGUGCCCGGCGGCUGUUACAAGAGGGAUGUGGACGCUACAGACUGCAACGUCCCGGGCGGUUGCUACAAGAAGGAGAAGAGGGACGUCGACGCGACAGACUGCAAUGUUCCUGGAGGCUGCUAUUAG